CUGAAGGCGGUUGAGCGGCGGCCGCCGCGCGAGCAGUUAAAGGGGCAGCGCGAGCGCCCACGAGAGAGAGAGAGAGAGAGAUUGUGAGUGAGAGUGAGAGUGUGAGGGAGAGCGGGAGAUUGAUUGAGAGAGAGUGUCAGUGUGAGUGAGAGGGAGAGAGUGAGAGUGUGUGAGUGGGAGAGUGUUUGUGUGAUAGUGUGUGAGAGAGAGUGUGAGUGUGAGAGAGUGAGUGUGAGAGAGAGCUGGACGCCGAGUAUAGUGGUGGUAGGAGGAGAAGGAGGGAAAAAAGCUCCGAGGAUGAAUGGAGGAGCUCACCCGCAGUUCGACCGCAAGGAGCACGUUUUGAAGUUGGGCGGCAGCUUCGACAAACGACCCCAGUGCGGCUUCCACACCAUCCGAUACGAUUUCAAGCCCGCGUCCAUUGACACUGCAUGCGAAGGAGAUCUUGAAGUGGGCAAAGGGGAACAAAUCACAAUCACCUUACCAAAUAUACAGGGAUCAACACCACCCAUGUCAGUGUUUAAAGGCUCGAAGAGACCAUACUUAAAAGAAUGUAUUCUCAUAGUAAAUCACGACACUGGGGAAUAUCGGCUCGAAAAGCUCAGCAGCAACAUAACGGUGAAGAAAACCAGGGCGGAAGGAAGCAGCAAAGUCCAAUCUCGCCUUGAUCAGCAGACCAAUCGCCUGGGGCAACAAAUGCGCCUCAGUACCAAGGCCGCCUUUGUACCAAAGAGCUCGCCUCCAAAGGAAAAACUUUCACCAGCCUCUCACAUGGAUGACAUAGAACGAGAGCUGAUGGCAGAGGUUGGCGCUAUGGACCAGAUGAGUUCAUCGGAUAGUUCGUCGGACUCCAAGGGCUCCUCCUCCUCGAGCAAUGAAAGCUCUAGUGAUUCUGAAGACGAGGCACACAAGCCAGCUCAACCUCUACCUCCCAACAUAGUGCCUUCCUCUCAUGCCUCUAUGCCAUUAACAUCAACGCCACUACCACAGGAGGCUGUCAACGAACCUGAAGAAACUCUUAACACAUUACGAAGCGAUCUGCAACUAAGUGACUCCGGAAGUGACAGUGAUUGAGUGAAAGGACUUUGUUGUGUAUCGAAAACAUUUAGCAGAAGUUUGGCUCUGCAAAGCAAAUUGGGAACCUGCCUUGAAAAGAAGAAGACAAUGGGGUGUGUGUGUGUGUGUGUAUACAUGUACAUGUUGGUUCAGAUAAAUAUAUUUUAAUAAACCUUUUUGCAGUAAGGAACCACCUUCUGCCGGAACUGAGGUUGUAUAAUUGGUGAGUGCGAGAAUGUCCAAAUAAGUUUAUCAAAUAAUAGUCUAUCCUGUUUCCUAUUCUCUGCUCGAUGAUCUGUUAAGAAAUAAUUGCCUCAGCCAAACUAUACAUUUCGAAAGAAAGUAGUUUAAUUACUGGCGGCACAAUGCCAGAAACCCAGAUUCGAUAUUGACCAUAGGUUUUGUCUCUACAGAGUUUGCACGUUCUCCCUGUGACCACAUGGUAUCCUCCCACAUUCAAAGGUUUGUAGAUUAAUUGGCUUCUGUAAAUUGCCCCUAGUGUGUUGGAAGUGAAAGUGGGAUAACAUGGAACUUGUGUGAACAGGCGAUCGACGGUUGCCGUGGACUCGGUGGGCCGAAGGGCCUGUUUCCACUCUGUAUUGCAAAACUAAACUAAGCACCACAUCUUGCAGUAAUCAGGCCAUGGAAUUUCCAAUUGUUCAUUUUACAGAUUAAAAAUUAAAAGUUCAGAUUUUUAUAUGAAAAAAACCUAAAACCCAACAAGUGGGCCUGCCAUCACUCUUGUCUAACCUAAUUCAUGGAAGAUGGACCAUAUAAGAAUCUUGGUCCCUUCUUGAUACCAGCAAGGCAGCUCGUUUUGCUAACUGCAUGUUUACACCAGGUGUGAUCAAUUGUCUGUAAAGUAUAUUUUGUGAAAUAUUUAAUAAAGUGCUGUUACUUUGUGUGCAGAACAUCA